CACAACUAAGUAGUCCAUCACAGUACUUGACCACGGUGAUAUACGACUCCAUGACGAUUAGGCUCAUAGAUAUAACCCUUCUCCAGAAUCUACCAGUGGUACGGUAUACCUGCGUUAACAUACGGCAAGUAUGGGCGUGCGUGAUCUGGAACGUGAACGUCACAGGUUCUUCGGUUCCCCGAGCUUCAUAAAUAUUUAUAGAUUGCUUUCUCUCUCAACCUUUUUCGGCCCCCAGCCCUCGACACUAAGUAGUGCCCGCUGUCCCAUUGGGAUACAGACUACCUUCCAAAAAACAUGGUCCUUCCUUUAUUAACUGCAGCACAUCGCAGAUUUAUCAUUAUUGCGUUAAUCGCUGUGUUGUGUGUAUUUUAUUUUAUGAGUAUGGGACCCGAAGACUAUUACUCGUCUGCCAAAAGUUUGUCCACAGGACAGUCCAAGGACUCUACAAGUGUCGAACAGACAAGCGAUACCCCACUACUACUCGGAUCGGCUCCAGCACAGAGCAAACCAUCACCCUCCUUUGGCAAUAUCACUCCACAUGACGUAUCUUCUCCCCGCAGAGCCAACGCUACGUUGGUGAUGCUCGCGCGCAACAGCGAUCUCGACGGCGUGAUAUCAAGUGUAGAACAGCUGGAGGCCAAGUUCAAUCGCAAGUUCAAAUACCCCUGGGUGUUUUUGAAUGACCAACCCUUCUCUUCUGAGUUCAAAAGGCGUGUCAGCGUGUUGACUGAUGCAGAUGUGUCUUUUGGGCUAAUCCCUCACGAAAUGUGGGUACAACCGGACUGGAUAGAUGAAGGGCGAGCUCAGGCGGGACGCAAUAUGCUAGUGAAAGAAGGCGUAAUUUAUGGCGGCAGUGUUUCUUACCGUAAUAUGUGUCGGUUUAACUCAGGGUUCUUUUUCCGCCAUGAACUCUUAACGCCAUACAAGUGGUACUGGAGAGUAGAACCCGACGUCAGAUUUUACUGUGACCUGGACUAUGACCCUUUUGUAUUCAUGGAAGAUCAUGACAAGGUUUAUGGCUUCACGAUUUCAAUGCCAGAAUGGGCACCUACUAUAAUCUCGCUGUGGUCGAUAGUGCAAGAGUUCAUCUCGGAAUUCCCUCAAUACGUGUCACCCGACAACGCAAUGGAUUUUAUAUCUGAUGAUGCCGGCGAUAGUUUCAACAUGUGUCACUUUUGGUCAAACUUCGAAAUUGCGGAUAUGGAUUUCUGGAGGGGCGAAGCUUACACAAAAUUCUUUGACUAUCUCGAGAACGCAGGAGGGUUUUACUAUGAGAGAUGGGGGGAUGCACCUGUUCAUAGCAUCGCCGCAGCCUUAUUUGCUCGCAAGGAUCAAUUGCAUUUCUUUAAAGAUAUCGGUUAUAAACACGCUGAAUUUGCUCACUGUCCCCAGGGUAAACAGUGGCGAGAAGGACACUGCUCAUGCAAUCCGAACGAUAACUUCGAUUUUGCGCAAAGCUCAUGCCUGAGGAAUUUCAUGCGGUUAGACGAUUGGAUGUUCGGUUGAUUAAAGAUAGACGCUACGAUGUAUUUCUACCGUGCAGAAUAAACUAUUUUAAGUCGC